GCGGCGGUGGAGGCAGCAGCGGCGGCGAAAGUAGGAGCGAUCCCGACAACUUGAGAAUGUAGCUGCGUCGAGCUGCAACUUUUUUUGCUCCCAAAUCAUGGCUAUCCGUCCUCGUCGCGCGUGACGGUGAAGACAAGAGAGAGGGAGCCAGACGAUAUUAUGGACGGCACCGGCCCGCAGUGGUCCGCGUGGAGCUCUGCCGUCAGGUCAAAUGCAGAUGCAGAUGCAGGCGCAAAUGCAAAUGCAGGUCGCGGACGAAAGGGAUGGAUGGCUCCUUGCCUUGCUUGCUUGCAAGGACUGCAAUCCACCACAAUCGAUCAAGAAUCCAGCCUGCUCGUUGGGCCAGAAGCCGACAAUCCCAGCCUGGGACUUUCUUCCAUCGUAGAGAGGCUGUCUGGCUGGGGUUCCUCCGCACUUGUAACGGCCGGCUUUGGCAUUACUAGCGGAAGAGUGACACGGGGUGUUUCAGAUGUUUUGGCGGCGUCUCGGGGAGCCGACUCGGACAGAGCGGUUCGUUUGCCCUGUUAUAUAUCCGAAAAUCAGAUGAACCGUCACCAAGGUACUGUACCUUUUUGAUGGGGUUCCGGUAAGCCUGGCUGUUUGUUGGAGACAUCCAGCGCCUCAUUGGUAUUUCGCAGCUACUAACAGCAUGGGACACCGGCGACGGUCGGCCUGUCGGUCUGUGGUCUCGAGGACAGUUCGGCAGUGAACGGGGCGGC